UUCGAGUCACUGGAAUGAAUCAAAAUCCCCAUCAUGAGCAGUCAGUGAGAUGCGGGUGGAGCGAGCGCACCAUCAGCCUCCGGAGCAGCGAGCAGGGCUCAGCAUCCAAUCAGCGCAAGGCGGAUGUCUUAUAGCUGCUGUGUGCUCUUCACUUUUACUCACUGCAAAGGCAACUGAUCCGCUGAACUAUCAACAAGUAUGUUUCCAGACUUGGCAGGAGGGAUGUUAAGUGAAUGGAGCCCUCUUCACAUCCUCCUUCUGCUUUUGGCUUCUAAUUAAAACUUGGCUGUAGAACAUUUCCCUUUCAAAUGUUUAAUUGCCUUUCAGAUGUUGAUGGACUCGUUUGGAUUCUCUCCAGGACACUUACAAUGACUUCAAACACCUGAUAAUUAUAAAUCACUACUCCGCAUGUGCUCACAGGGCGUUAAUAAGGAACUCCCACUGUUGGAAUGACACCGUGACCUGUAAUGUUUAUUCAUUCAUUUUUCAAUAUGACUUGGAUUAACAAUGACUGCCCUUGAAGUGUAGAGCAUUCAGAAAGUAAGAAGCUGGACAUGACUUUCCCUGGAGGGCCUCAUGUGUCAAGGAAAGUCUCCAUCCCUCGUGGCUGUCCCCUUAUCUUGAGAUUCGUUUUAGCUGUGAUUUGUUUGAGUGCAGUGGGUUUAGCGUGUCCCAAGAGUUGCCACUGCUCUGAGAGGAAUGGCUUGACGGUAGUGCAGUGUUCCUCUCGCAACCUAGAAGAGAUUCCCUCCAACCUUCCUCACGAUACUGUGUCGCUUUUUCUGUCCUCCAAUCACAUCACCAAAAUCCCAAACCAGGCUUUUAAAAACCUUCCCUGGCUCCAAGAGCUGGACUUGUCAAGGAACGCCAUCGAAACCGUGGACGCUGGGGCUUUUCAAGGUGUCACGGAGAGCUUGCGGGUGCUCGACCUGUCCCAUAAUCACAUGCAAAGUGUCCCUAAGGAGGCCUUUGCUCGGCUGCAUGCCAAGAUCAGCCUGUCCAACAACCCGUGGCACUGUGAGUGCACCCUUCAGGAGGUGUUACGCGAACUCAGGCUGGAUCCCGAGACUGUGAACGAGGUGAGCUGCCACACCUCCGUUCAGGAAGAGUACGCCGGCAAGCCUGUCAUCCAGGUCUUGGAUUCGGGCAUAAACUUUUGUAAUUUCCACCAUAAGACUACUGAUGUGGCCAUGUUUGUCACCAUGUUUGGUUGGUUCACGAUGGUUAUCGCUUAUGUCAUCUAUUACGUACGGCAUAACCAGGAAGAUGCUAGGAGGCAUCUGGAGUACCUCAAGUCCCUGCCAAGUAGCUCCCAAAUUAGUAAGGACUUUGACACAAUCAGCACUGUUCUCUAGCAUCAGUCAAUGCAGUGUAGGAGUGAAUGUGUUUGGCACAUUGAUGAUGGCACAACAGCAAGCCUUAUAAGGGAGAGCGGGGUAAGAUGUGUCAUUUACUCAGAUUGUUCUCAAGGAAAGAGAAACAAGGAAUCAUUGAGAAACCUGUAUUUGUAUGCACUUAAAAUCAUUUACUGGGCAAAAACCAAUAAAAAGAUAUAAUUUUGAGAAUAAUUUAUUUUAAAUAUUUUCUAAUAAUAGUAUUUCACGCAAAGAGGAUUACCAAAUGCCAAACAUGCAUGAAGUGAGUCUUCUAUUUAUUUCCUUUGACAAUAAAUUGAAAAUUUAGUUUGACAUGCAAAAGCAUGCCACUCUUUUUAGAAUUAAAAAGCACCUCUUAUUCAAUAUGCAGCUGCUUAUUGAGCUGAAUCCUUUUUAAAUAUUUGGUCCAGUUUGAUCGAUUAUAAAAAUGACACAUCUUGCCCUACUCUUCCCGAGUUCCAGUGUUAUUUGAUUUGAUUGUGAAUGUUUUUCGUGGGUUUUCGCACAAUGAAGGUGUUGACAAUUGUUCUGUGAAGCAAUUCAGUGUUCCCAUUCACGUACCCUCAGUCGACCUACAUAAGUCCUGCAGUCUCUGUGGUGGCCGCUUUGUGCCUCAUGACAGGAAGCUGCAGAAGCUCUGUUUUUUUUCUGCAGGUGCUUAUCCCAUUAUUUCUUGAAUUGGUUUUAUUAAUUUGUAUGCUAAUUUAAUGGCGUUUCAGAACAGAAUGUUAAAUGCUGGAUUUAUGGGAUAUUUUUGUUCUUCUUUUAUAGUGCUGACCAAGUAGAGCAAGUACAUAAUCACUGCCAAAAAAAAAAAAAAGCCCAUCAGUUAAGCUCUGCCUUGAUAACUGGAAACUUGCCCCAUUUUUGGCAGAGUUCUGUUUACUCAAGUGCCUAAUCCUGGUACCUCAGCACCAAUACACUGUGCAUUGGGCAUUAUUUGGUUUGCUAUCUCUGUUCUUCUACAAUCAAAAAUAAUCCUUUAAUGGUGAGUGUAAAGUAGAACCGUGUCAUUUUAAGUCUCAAGUGAAAAUUUUGGUGUAUUUUGAAGAUUUAUCAGAUUGUUAGUCCAAUUAUGUAUGAUUAGAAGAUUUCAUGAGAUGACAUUAAAAAUGGAUUUUGUCACCUGUGUGUUAGUUUAAAAGGGCUUGCAGAUUAUAUUUCAUGUAGACUAAUGUGUAUUUCUGUCCUCAUGUAUCAGUUUUUCAUUGUGACAAGCCUUUCAGCAGUAGUGUGUAUAUCAUAGCAACGUAAGAAAAUAAAAAUGCUA